AUGGAUAAUGAACCUGAAAUCAAAAUCAUACAAUUAAAAUGCUUAAAACAAGAUUUGAAGAAACCAUACCGUACGAAAGUUGAAAACUAUUACCCAAAAGACUAUGCAAAAGCUAAGAAAAAAGUAUUAGCAAUAGAUAAGUACAAGAGAGAAAAAGACUACAGUAAUAGUGAAGAUCAUAUAGCAUCUGAAGAAGCAUUUUGUACAAAUAAAUCAGACAUUGAUAUUGAUAGUCUUGAAGAAUAUAUCAUAAAAGAUUGUUUAAAUUGUAGUAAAGGCCCUGAGCAGUUUAAUAAAACUGUAAAGCUUGAUAAUGUGAAUAUACAAAUGGUGAAAUUUACUGAAAUAAAUUUUGAAUCAAUGAAUAAAUACUUAAAAGUUGAAUUGCCUAUUGGAAAAUGUAAAAAGAGAAAUAUUAUAGCUGAACUUCCCAAACAAUCAAAUAAAAAAGGAAGAGUUAGUGAAUCAAUUGAGGCAGAUGAAGUGCCUAAAUAUGCUAAAAAUAUAAUAUACAUACUCUUUACAAAGUUAUCUAAUGAACUCAAUAUAUUCAAGAAAAUAGCAAAUAUAGAAAUAACUAUAAAUUUGUGA